CAAAACAUUUAAUAAAUGUGCCACAAGCAAUAGUGAAAAAAACAAGAUAACAGCGUCCAUUUUAACAAAUUCAGGAAUUAUAAUUUUAUAACUACUUUAAAUAAAAUUGUGGAAAAUAUUAUAGUGUUAUAAUCAUUUCAAAAGCAUCAGAUAUGGAACCAACUAUUAAAACAAAGAAAUGUUCCGUGAAACUCAACCGUAUGACUUUUGUUGGUAUUACUCCUCAAGAAGUACAGGACCAAAUUUUGGAUCAACGAGUACGCCGUUGUGCGGUGCGCCUCCAACGCUGUUCUGACACGACGGCUUUUAAUAAAACUGCUGCAGAAAUUACGACCAAUAAAGAUACCAAAAUGAGACGUUGCUGCAUACGUUUGCCAAGAAUCAAUCUACCUCGCAGUGAUAUAUCGUCGCGCUCUGGUUCCGUUACUAGUGCCAGGAUACUUUCUGAAACAGAGCUGGAAGACCCGGAAGUUGCUAACCAUUAAGCAUCAGACAUACCAAAUACACGCGUAAUCACUUAUUUACAUUUACUAUUGUUUAAUUCCACAUACUAUAUUAACAAAUUAGCUCAUUUUUGUAUGAUGAUGUAAAAUGGAAAUAUAAGAAUACAUAUAUUAGGGAAAUAAUUUCAAAAA